AUGGCAGUUGUGCUUCUGUUCUUGCUUCGUCUUGCUGUUACCAGUGAAGCUGAUCCAAAUUACCUCAACACUAUCUGUUCAAAUACCACCACUUUCAAACCGAACAGCACUUACCAAUCCAAUCUCAAUCUCCUCCUCUCCUCUCUCGUCUCCAACUCCACUAGCAACAAUGGCUUCCACAACACCACCACCGGCCAAACCCCUGACACCGUCUACGGCCUCUUCCUCUGCCGUGGCGACCUCUCCACCGAUGUUUGCCGAGACUGUGUCACUGUCGCUACCCAAGACAUAGUUCAAAGGUGUCCGGUAGAGAAAGUGGCUCUAAUCUUCUACGAUGAGUGUCUUCUUCGUUACUCCAGCCGGACUUUCUUCAAUAGUUUUAACGAAGGUUAUAUGCUGCCUUUGUCCAACUUGCAGAACGCCACGAACCAAACCGGCUUUAGUGAACUAGUGCGAUCCACUAUGAAUGGUUUGGCAACUCAGGCUUCAAGUAGUGCUAGAAAAUUUGCUACAGGAGCGACAACUUUGUCGUCGUUUACUACUCUGUACACCCUUGCGCAGUGCACUCAGGACUUAUCCAGUAGUAACUGUCAGAGAUGUCUCGAGGUAUCCAUUGGAAACCUUCAAACUGGGAGAAUAGGAUCAAGAAUUGUCGGGCCUAGCUGCAACGUUAGGUUUGAGACAUACAGGUUCUAUAAUCGGUCUGCAGCUCCGGCAUCACCACCACCACCACCACCUUUGACUCUUCCUCCUCCGGCUAGAAAGGGGGAAAUCUCAACGGUAACAAUAGUUGCAAUUGUUGCUCUCAUUGUCGUGUCUCUGGUGCUUUUCUACUGUAUCUUAAGCAGGAGAGUGAGAAAGAAAUACAGUUCCACACAAGAAGAUGAUGUUGGGGAUGACAUCCCAACUAUGACGUCCUUGCAAUUUGAUUUUGCAAGCAUUGAAGCUGCCACAAGAAAGUUUUCUGAUUAUAACAAGUUAGGCGAGGGAGGAUUCGGCGAGGUUUAUAAGGGGACACUUCCGAAUGGACAAGAUAUUGCUGUGAAAAGGCUAUCAAAAAGUUCCGGACAAGGAGCAGAAGAAUUUAAGAAUGAGGUUGUAUUGGUAGCCAAGCUUCAACACAGAAAUUUAGUGAAGCUGCUGGGAUUUUGCUUGGAAAGAGAAGAGAAGAUACUUGUCUAUGAAUUUGUCCCAAACAAGAGCCUGGACUAUUUUCUGUAUGACCCUGAAAAACAAAGUCAGUUGGAUUGGUCAAUGCGCAACAAGAUCAUUGGAGGAAUUGCUCGAGGAAUUCUUUAUCUUCAUGAGGACUCCCGAUUAAGAAUUAUUCAUAGAGAUCUCAAAGCAAGCAAUAUAUUGUUAGAUGGAGACAUGAAUCCAAAAAUUUCAGAUUUUGGAAUGGCAAGGAUUUUCGGGGUUGAUCAAACUCAAGGAAACACAAGUAGAAUUGUUGGGACCUACGGAUACAUAUCCCCAGAGUAUGCCAUGCAUGGACAAUUUUCAGCGAAGUCCGAUGUGUAUAGUUUCGGGGUUUUAGUUCUAGAGAUUAUAACUGGGAAGAAGAACAAUUCUUUCCAUCAGUCAGAUGAUGCCGAGAACCUUGCGAGCUAUGUGUGGAAGCAUUGGAGAGAAGGGACACCUUUGAAAUUGUUGGAUCCUACUUUAACCUACUCUUAUUCAAGAACUGAAGUGAUGAGAUGCAUCCAUAUCGGGUUAUUAUGCGUGCAGGAAGAUCCAGCUGAGAGACCCACAAUGGCAACAAUUGUUCUCAUGCUCAAUAGUUACUCUGUCUCUCUACCUUCACCUCAACAACCAGCAUUUUCUCAAUCCACUGCUGAAGCUGAGUAUAUCUCAACUACAAGUGAGUCAAACCAAGGUGCUACUGUGAUAUAUUGUGACAAUAAAUAUGCCAUCUUCAUAGCAAAAAAUCCUACUCAUCAUGGGAAGACAAAACAUAUCAAGGUGAAGUAUCAUGCAAUUAGAGAGGCGGAGAAGAGUGGUGAAACUCAGUUAGUGCAUUGCAGUUCAGAGGAGCAGGUUGCUGACUUGUUAACUAAGGCACUACCUAGAAGAAGUUUGAUAUAUCAGCUUCUAUAUCUUACUGUUAGGUUGACAAGUGUAAGAGUGUACGGUGCUAGAAGUCAGGGCAUUCGUUCUGACAGCCUGAGAUUUAUAUCCACUCAGUUGUCUGAAGGGGGUCAAAACAAGAGGUCCAAUGAAGCCCAAGACCAGAAUAAAAUAAGUGAGCCCACAAGUGACAAGUCAAAGCCUGGAACUGAACGAAGCCCACAAUUGAAUCGUGAUUUGAUUUCAUCAAAGCUGGAAAACCUGGAAUGUUUCAAAGCCUUCAAGAGAGAUCAGGAAGACAAAAAGAAGCGAUCCAUGUUGUCUGGUUUCUCAAUUACCAAAACAAAGGAGUCACUAGUGAUCAUUAUGGUGGAUUUUAAUGUGUUUGUUUUCGAUCACACAUUACUCAGAAAACAUGUUGUGGUACGCCUGGGGAAUCCUUCAAUAUCACUUGACAACCUGCCCUGUUGGUUGAGUGGAUAUUCAUAUAAUGGUGAAAUUUACAGUAAAACUAACAUUCAACGAAGGUUUGGUUUUGGUCUCCUUUUAAGGACACGACCACCACAAGAAAUCCAUUACAACCCAAGGGCAAACGCAUUAUUGGACUUGUUGUUUGGUUGUGCCCACAUAGAUUUCCACAAAUCUGGGCAGUCAACCUUGCCUACAUGA